AUGGUUCGCUCUCUCGCCCUCCUUGCCGGUGCCGUCGCCGUCAUCGCGGCUGCUGAGACCAAGACGGUCAAGUGGUGGAUUCCCGAGGACAUUGAGACCAAGGGCUACAAGGCCUCUGUCGUCUCCAUUGACGGCGAGGACACCACCCUGGCCGUGAACAAGGACUCUACCACCGGUAUUAUCGCCAGCGGCCCGUCCACUCUUACCGCCGCCAUCACCAUUGAAACUGAUGACGCCAUGAACUAUCAGGAGUACCACUGUGAGCUCGACCCAGACAAAGACCAAGCUAGCUGCACCCACCAGGUUUCCAUGUCGCGCAACGGGAACAUCAUUCAAGAUGUAUCCGACACCACUGUUGAAAGUUACCAGGAGACAAUGGCGCCCAUAAUCGUCACCGCUGGAGCUGAAAAGUUGGGUGACGAAGAGAACACGACAGCAGCCGACGAGUCUUCUGCUGCUGAGGCUUCUGCCACGGCCGCACCAAAACCCAAGGCCACCGAAGCUGAAGCGACGAGCUCGGGUAAUGCGGCGCCCAUGAUGACGCAGAAUGCCGUGUUUGCCGGCGUUGCAGCAGUUGUUGGGGGUGCUGCUGUGUUGCUGUAG